UCCCAACCCCCAAGCCACCAGAACACCAUGCCCAAAAGCAAGUAUCAGCUAUAUAUCUAAUAAGCGCAACCCAUAUUUCCAAUGUGGUUUCUCCAAAUCACUGUCUCAAAACCACCAAAUGCUAUAGCGUUGCACCGAAAAUCACUUCCGAAAUGGAUGUUUCCCAUUCCACAAUCCUCAUCAGUUUCACUUUCUUGCUAUUCCUACCUUCUUCCAAACCAGUUUCCGAUUAUAGCACAUUAGUCUACAAAACCUGUGCAAGCCAAACCUUCAACGACCAAUUAUUAUCUCAAACACUCAACUCUCUGUUCCAACAACUCAUCACACAAUCCUCCCAGCACAAGUUCUUCAAAACCACGGAAGCCGUUAGCGACGACACAGCCAUCUCCGGCCUUUUCCAAUGUAGAGAUGAUAUCAGCAAUGAAGAUUGUUUCAGCUGCGUAAACUUGCUGCCUCAGAUGUCAAACACCUUGUGCAGUGAAUCCAUAUCAGCACGGGUUCAGCUUGACGGUUGCUACAUUCACUACGAGACAGAGGAACUUCCCGAACCAGAAACAAAAAGUGAAUCUAAAAGUAGAAAUUUGAUUAUUCACAAUGAGUGUGGGGAACCGGUUGUGGAUUAUAUCAAGUUUAAAGAGUUGAUGGACGAGGCGUUUGUGAAUCUGGAAAGUGGGAUCCUAAACAGUAAUGGGUACUAUGCAAUGAACUAUAAAUCAGUGAAAUUGAUGGCGCAGUGUGAAGGGGAUUCAGAUAUUUGUGACUGUAGCAAUUGCGUGAGCGAUGCAGUGCAGGUUGCAAAGGAAGAAUGCGGAACUUCACUUUCGGCACGAAUAUAUCUUGACAAGUGUUUCAUAAGCUACUAUAACAUUCCUCGCAACUUUGUCCCAGGAGCAAGAAGAAAUAACAACACCGAAAAGUUGGCAGCAAUAAUUGUUGGAGGGGCCGCAACUCUGUUUUUGGGUUUUGCUUUUUUAUCACUGCUUAACUCUCGGUUUAGAAAAGACGAUUAUGAAUAGUGAUUAAAAACUUUGUAUCUGAAGUACUUUUUUUUAAUCUAUAUUACUAAUGUUGAAAACAUUUCUUAGUUUUCAUUUUUUAUAGGUUCUUAUCUGACUGUGGAAUAUUUAAAUUGACUGAGAUUUUGUA